UAGAAGAGACACGGCGAGUUUGUGAAAGACAGACAUUAAGUUUAGAAUGUAACCCCGGUCAAAUGAUAAACGUAACACGCGCCUUGUACGGUCGUACACAGCGUGAACUAUGUGACGGCCCUGUGUCUACAACAAGUUGUAGGAGCUCUUCAAGUCUGUCUACUGUGAGAGCAUACUGCCAAGGACACCGUACCUGUAGCGUACCGGCAUCAAACAGCGUGUUCGGGGACCCCUGUCAGGGCACUGUCAAGUACUUGGAGGUGUCGUAUAAAUGUAUUGGCCAGAGUUGUGCUGAAUGCGACCAGAUCUGUACAUAUGCAAAUGAUGAUACCCAGUGUUUCUGCUACGCUGGCUACAUUUUCAAUGAAAAUGGCGCAUGUGAUGACGUCAACGAAUGCUUGAGAGAAAAUGGCGGCUGCGAACACGUUUGCACGAACACAGAGGGGAGUUUCCAGUGUUCCUGUAAUCCUGGCUACCUUCUGAGUGAUAACGGAUUUUCAUGUGACGACCCAUGCCUAACGGCCAGGCCUCUGUAUGAGCCACACCGUAGUACAGCGUACAUCACAGAGUCAGGCGGCUCGACCGUGUGUGACGGCGGGUUGGAGGAGGACUGGUACCGCUUCACUCAUGUGGGAGGCACCAUCCCCACCAGCUGUGUACAGUCUUACCGCUGCGGGACAGAGUCACCUGUAUGGCUGAACGGAGAACACCCCACAGAUGACACAAUUGCUGACCGUUCGGUCUGUGCGAAUACCGGUGUCCCUGGCGAGUGCUGCACAGAACAAUACAACAUUCAAGUCAAGAGAUGCCCAACCCCCGGACACACCUACUACGUCUACAAACUGGUGUCGACCAAUUACUGUGAGGCAUACUGUGCAGAGAUAUGA